AUGCUUAACUCACUAAAGAUGUUUCAUGUGUUAAAAUAUGCAGACAAUGUGACAAAUUUUGGUCUAGAUGACGGUGAUGCUGGACCGAAACUACUGGGUAAAAAGAUUCGUUCUGGACGAAUCUAUGCAUUGAAACGAGAUAAUUUAACACAUGAAGUCGAACUACGUGGAGAUCGAGAAAAAGAAAAAAAAGGUGAUUUGAUCAUUUUGGAACGUACAAAAUAUGUCAAUAAAAUUUUAAUGACACUGGUAGAUGGUCUGAAAAAAGAUGGUGUAUUGAUGACCGCAAAAAGAUGUUAUGACAAAUUGAAAGAUGAAGGCAUUUAUGAUAUCGCUAGAGAACGUGUGAGAUCCGUUUGGCGUUCUAUUGGUGAUUUCUGCGUGGCAGAAAAAUUAAGAAUCAAUGAUAACGAUGGAGAAGAUGACGAUGAAAAUGAAAAUGAAAAUAAAACAACACCCAAUGAAGAAGACACCAAAGAAGAUUGCCACGACGAUGAAAGUGAAGUUCAAAGUGGCUGCGACAAUGAACAAGCUAAACGAACGAAUCAAGCAACAUCAAUAUCAACCGAGUCGAGCACAAUACCUUCAUCAGCAAUGGUCAUUUCUUCUCGAUUAUCAACAAAUGAUACAAUGAAAAAAACUGAUAAAAGAUCAUUGAGCAACACACGUGAUAAAGAAAAUUUUCCAAAUUCAUCGAAAACAAAGCCGACAAGUGAACUUAAACGAUUAGAAGAUUAUCUCACCGCAAAUAAAGACAUGGAUGGCGGAGAAGAUCAAACAACAAGAGCAGCAUGA